GAAGACAAACUUGUUCAGAAGAGAAAGAUGGAAGCCCUGACUCUCCUUCUCUGUCUGCUUCUAACUGCCUAUCAAGCAAAUCCCAUUGGGUCAUGGACAACAGAUGACAGGACAACAGAUGACAGGCUGUAUUCCACUGAAGGGUCUCCAGGACCGUGUGGUGGCUCUAUGACCGACUGGAUGGGUGAUUUUUUCAGCCCCAGUUACCCUAGUAACUACCCUGAUAACGCACGAUGCACAUGGACCAUUCAUGGCGCAGGGGCGACAACUGUGCAAUUGACCUUUACCGAUAUUUUUUUGGAAACAUGCUGUGAUUACAUCAGAUUAUUUGAUGGUCCUUCCACCCUCAGCCCUUUACUGGAUGAAAUACGAGAGUACAAGAACAAACGCUACAACUCCAGCAAUAAUGACCUGACUGUGCUUUUCUACAGUGACCACAGUAUAUCAAGAAGAGGAUUUCAUGCAAGCUGGGUCUUUGUAGAUUCCAAUUCAUGCAGGCACAACUGUGGAUACUCCUUUGGCAAUUGUUCAUGUGAUGAUUCCUGUCAGGACAAUAGAAACUGUUGUUAUGACUACGACAGCUACUGCUCACAGACAGCGACUUGGGCAACUACAACAGAUUUCCCCUCCUGCAUGUACAACUGUGGAUACAACCUUGGCAGCUGUUCAUGCACCUACAACUGUCAGUACUAUGGCAACUGUUGCCCUGACUACGACAACUACUGCUCUGCGACAACUGAAUGGUCAAAUACAUUGACAACUAAAUGGUCAACUACAUCGACAACUGAAUGGCCACGUACAGAAGAUGAAUACUCCUGUGAGAAUAUCUGUGGGCAAAGUCUUCCUCUCUGUGGAUGUGACGACCACUGUCAACUAUAUGGCUCCUGUUGCCCUGACUACAACAGAUACUGCUCAACUACAACAGCAGAAACAACAGAAACAACAUGGAUUGAUACAACAGCUCCCUCCUGCAUGUACAACUGUGGAUACAACCUUGGCAGCUGUUCAUGCACCUACAACUGUCAGUACUAUGGCAACUGUUGCCCUGACUACGACAACUACUGCUCUGCGACAACUGAAUGGUCAAAUACAUUGACAACUAAAUGGUCAACUACAUCGACAACUGAAUGGCCACGUACAGAAGAUGAAUACUCCUGUGAGAAUAUCUGUGGGCAAAGUCUUCCUCUCUGUGGAUGUGACGACCACUGUCAACUAUAUGGCUCCUGUUGCCCUGACUACAACAGAUACUGCUCAACUACAACAGCAGAAACAACAGAAACAACAUGGAUUGAUACAACAGCUCCCUCCUGCAUGUACAACUGUGGAUACAACCUUGGCAGCUGUUCAUGCACCUACAACUGUCAGUACUAUGGCAACUGUUGCCCUGACUACAACAGCUUGUGCUCAACAACAGGACCGGCAACAGCUUACUGGCUAGAUACAACAGAAUCUCCCUCCUGCAUGUAUAACUGUGGACACAACUUCAGCAGCUGCUCAUGCACCCACAACUGUCAGUAUGAUGGCAACUGUUGCCCUGACUUUCACUGGUAUUGCCCAUCGUAUACAACACAGAGAGACUUAACAACAGUUUCUCAACAUUGUGGAGGACACCUGUAUGGAUCUGGGCUGUUUUCCAGUCCAAACUACCCAAACUAUUAUCAUGACAAUGCCUACUGUGUGUGGUAUCUCUCUGCUCAGCAAGGACAGAGAAUCUUCCUGUCAUUUGCUGAUGUGCAAUUGGAGCGCUGCUGUAACUGUGACUACAUCUCUGUACAUGACGGCUCUUCCACUGGUCAUUCACAGCUGGGAAAGGUCUGCUUCAACGACACCACCCACCAGGUGUUUCACUCUUCUUCACGAUACCUGACUGUUGUCUUCAGGAGUGACUACUCUGGAGUCAGCCAUGGUUUUAAGGCCUUUUUCACAAGCUCUCUGACUGCAGAUGAAGGUCGUGUGGAUUGCUCCUCAGACAACAUGGUCAUUGUCAUUCAACGGUCUUACCUGAACUCACUUGGAUUCAGUGGAAAUGACCUUUAUGUGGAUGAUCAUCUUUGCAGACCCAGUAUUACCAGUACUGAGGUUGUGUUCAGCUUCUCUCUCGACACAUGUGGAACCGCCAAACAGAUGAUGAACAGUUAUGUGUCCUACACCAAUAAUGUGCGGGCAUCUCAGUCUCAGUCGGGUGAGAUCACUCGUCAGUCACAGUUCCUACUACAUGUGGGCUGCCGAAUGGAGCCGGACACUAUGGUCCAGAUAUUGUACAGGGCCAGGGAGAACAUCAAUGCCAACAUCACAGGAACGGGGCACUUCAAUGCCAGCAUAGCCUUCUACACCUCCAGCGGUUUCUACCAACAAAUUUAUGACUCUCCAUAUGAAGUGAACCUGAACCAGCUUCUAUAUGUUCAAGUCAAGCUAAACAAGCCUGACAACAGCCUGGAUCUAUUCCUGGACACUUGUGUAGCAUCUCCAAAUCCCAAUGACUUCAAAGAUCGUUCAUAUGACCUGCUGCGUAAUGGAUGUCCCAGAGAUAACACAUAUUAUUCCUACACCAGCGGUCAGCACUAUUAUGCUCAGUUCCGUUUCCAGGCUUUCAAGUUCCUCCGGACUCAUUCCUCUGUGUACCUGCAGUGUAAAGUGACCAUCUGCCCCGGUAACGAUUACAACUCUCGCUGUCGCCAAGGUUGCCACUUCCGUCGCAAGAGAUCACUGCAGAUUGACAGCACCUACCACACCAACACUGUGACGCUGGGGCCAAUCAAACUCAAAGGGCGGAGACAUCUUUUCGGACAACGUGAGAAGAUUGAGGCAGAAGAGUGAUUUGAUCAUCAUCAGCAUUUCUAUUUCUCAUCUGUAUCAUUAAUCAAAUCAUAUUAUCCUUCCUAAGCAAAUUGAUUUGAAUGAAAUUUUCUUUUAUUCAUUAAAGCAAUCCUUCUUCAGAUGCA